AUGUCAGCACGGUCAUGGGCUAAGAUGCUUGUUGGAGGCGCGGUACUCAUUAUCGGAGGUCCAGCAAUGGUAGACUACUUGCGCCCUACAGACGAGGAAUUGUUCAAGCGAUUCAACCCCGAGAUACAGAAACGCAAUUUGGAGAACCGAGAAAGACGACAGCAGGAGUUCGAUCACUUCAUGACGCAGCUUAAGGAAAGGACGAGCUCGAGUAGGAACAUGUGGGAUACUAGCAAGACGGCAGAAGAGGACAAGAAGAAGCAACAGACGCAACCCGUACAACCAAAGCAGGACUCAGAAUGA